AUGGAGCUAUCCCGUGCUGAGAGCUCCUUACGUACGCUAAAGAACCGUCCAAAGGCUCCAGAAGGCGCUAUUUCUACUGCUUUCACUGUUCUACAACUUCUGAGUCCAUUUGAUUCUAAUUCUACCAAAGAAUUAGCAAUUUCUGAUGAAGAAUCACGUCGUCAUUUGCUUGAACAGGAGCUACAGACGCUUUUAUUGUAUGGAAAAGAACGUUGGGAACCUCUUGCUGUAUUUAUUGUCGUCGUACGUGAUCUACUGAGUCGUUAUCUUUACUUAUCCGACAUAGAUGCUAAUGAUACGGACUAUUAUUUACCUCUACAAGAAUUACCUCUUUAUAUCGUCCAAAUUCCACCACUCUCGGAUGUUUUUAUCAUGCAGAUAGUUAAACAAGCAAUACAUAAGCAUUUAGAGUAUUAUGAACCUCGAGUUCGUAUGGAAGUGGCAAAACUACUGGGUGUGUUGGCAAAAUGGAACCUUGUGUGGGUUACACAGGAAUUUACGCCACAGAUUCUCGACUCGGUAGUUGCAAACCUCAGUCGUUCACCUGACUUUGAAGAAACCGGAUUUGACGAAUUGGACGAUAAUGUCAGUACGAAUGGUAUGAUGACACCACCACAGAGUCCAGAGAGUACACCACGCACACCCUCAACACCCUAUAGACUGGAUGAUGUGAGUGGAUGGAAAGCACUUGAAAGUUCAUUGUGUGCACUCAAGUACAUUAUUAAAGGCAGCGGUAAGACAUUUUUACAGCACAAGCCGGCAACAAACAAGGAAUUUGUCUACUUGACGCCACAGAUUCUGGAACUUGUGGCAACCAAAAGCUGCUUUCAUAUAAAUCGCCAUGUGAGAGUUGUAGGGCUCGACACGAUUACGUGCAUUAAGCGCGGCAUGGAGGACAAUUGGUGCCAAGUGCGCUAUGCUGCCUCGAUUGCGACACGCUCUUUUUUACUGAAGUUGCAGGAGCAGGGGCGUAAAGCAUGUUUGCCUAUUUUGCUGCCUAGAAUGUGUUUAAAUCGGUACUAUAUUGCAGAGCGCGUGCAAAAAUACUCUCAAGAAUCUUGGAAAAUGAUUGUGGGCAACCGGGGCCGCGAAUUGGUGGCCACAUACGCCAAUGAGAUAGUCGACUACUACGUGGAAAUGACGAAUCACUGUGUCCGUGAGUCGGCAUGUCAAUGUAUUGCUGAGCUAGGCACGAAAGUUGACCCGGAGGCAAUUCGUCCGCACCUUGGCCGUCUCAUGCAGGCUCUUCUCAUUUGUUUCUACGAUGUAUCAAAUCUGAUCCGCGAUGCGGCGUGUUUGGCGUCAGCGCAGCUGGUGCUUGGUUUUCCUGACGAGUGCCGUCCGUUUUUGGAUGAUUUGUAUCAUCUAUGGAUUGACCACCUCUCGGACGACAUUUGGUCCGUGCGUGAAGACGCAGCCAUUGCUCUGGGUAAUGUGAUUCGCGCAUAUGGCCAAGAAGCACUAGAUCGCGUGACUACAGUCACGGUAGAGUACUUGUUGCUUGCAAAGAAGCAGCCAGCGAUGACACAACACGAGUACGAUGAACUUAUGCGUUCUGAGAAGAAGCACCUUAGCAAGCAGGCUUUCUCGUGCUGUUCGCUGGAGCCCAAACUUUUUGAACGUCACGAGCACCGCGAGAAAGAGCCGUGGGAGCAUGCCGACGGUGCAAUCUACAUGGUGCGCGAGCUCUGUAACGUAGCUCCUGACGUCGCUGUGAAAUUUCUUCCACAGGUUGCGGACAUAGCGAUCCUUCGCCACUUUCCUCAGACCGCCGUCUUGCAAGGAACCAUUUGGAAACAGCUUCCGUCCAUGUGCGAGGCGCUGGGCAAGAAGGUGUUCAAACGCUACCUUGAGCUAUUUCUAGACCCGUUGGUCUUUACGCUUCAAGGAACGAAUCAUCUCGCUAAGUUUGCUGCCCGUGACUGUGUCGUACAGAUUAGCAAGCAAAUCGGCCCCAGCAUUUUUCUGGGCCGCCUGGACGCAAACCCUGUUUGGAAGGAGGUUUUGGGUCCUGUUGUACAUGUGUCGCCGUACAUGGUUUAG